ACAUCGAAUUGCGACCCGGAUAAAUCACCAAGAGACCUUAAACAGGCCCAGCAGCCAGCAGAGUCAGCAUUAGGUCGCAUAUACACUGACAUUCUAAAGAGAACCAUUGGCCUUGGAACUGGUCACCCGAGCUUCUCCAAGCUUGAAGCCGCCAAUAGCAGCAACGGUCACAAUGACUACGACGAGGAGAACGUGAACACGGACGACGGUGACGACGAAGACACAUAUUCACGAGUGCCCUUCUCAAAGGGGACCCCGAACUUCGAUACCUACCAUUCCCUGGUUGGUUAUGAUGCCCAUGCAGACAACGGGACAAAUCCUGCGGUAAACAGCGUUGCCAUGGCAGCUGCGGCUGCAGCAGCAGCAUCAGCAAAACAAAAACGCCAUCGAACAAGGUUUACUCCAGGCCAGCUGAAUGAGUUAGAAAGGGUAUUCGCUAAAACGCAUUACCCUGAUAUCUUCAUGAGGGAGGAGUUGGCUUUACGAAUUGGGCUUACGGAAUCCCGAGUGCAGGUACGUUCGUAUAAAAUCAUAAAUACAGACGUGUACGCCGAAGCGAGGGGGCAGGACCUGGGGACGGGGGGAGGAACACGUGUGUUCCCGCGGUUUGCUGUCGUUCAGCUGCGUGCCCACAGGCAGAACAAUUUUGCUCGGGCGGGUUGUGUCACGGUGUUCUCGCUGCCUUGCCCAACGUGCUGUUCUUUCUGCAAGGUGUGGUUUCAAAAUCGCCGGGCUAAGUGGAAGAAGCGCAAAAAGACGGGUGGCGGAAACACCAACACCACUAGCAGUGGCAUGAGCUCCGCCUUUAAAACGCCCUCCAUAGGUGUCAACUGCCUGACACGAGGGCUGGAGUCGGGUCAAAUGGCGUUCACCAAGGGACCUCAGUCCUCCACACCCCCGACCCUCUCGCUGCUGCACGCGGCGUGCAGCAGGGCGGCGGCGCAACUCUCGCCUGAGCUCGAUGUCGGCAGUCCUGCGGCGACGAGUCGCUUGCCACCCCACCCAACCGGGUGCAUUGGAGCCGCGUCUGGACAGAGCAGUGUCUACUCGGGUGGCUACUGCAUGGAGGACCUCACUCACUCAACCAUGUUCAAACAAGCUGUUCUUGUGAACAGUGAACCUUCUGGCAGCACAAACCCUCCAGUAUCCCAGUCGCCCGAUGUCUCCCCCACGUCACACCCUCCGAUUGCGCCCUUGCCUUCCACCUGGCCACCUCCCUACCAGACUAGUCGACCCACUUCCGUGCCCGUGUCGGGAUCAUUCCAGCCCAUUCCCGAAGCCAUUGUUACCGACGCCCUGAUGAACCAGUAUGGGGGAUUACUGGCAUCAAGACGCAACCCCUCCUCAGACGAGCCCCUUGGACCUCCGCCACUACCUCCUCCUCCCCCACUGCCACCGCCGCCAGUGCACUUUCAGGAGUACGAGGCGCUUACGAAUAUCGAAGCCACGAUGCAGGGUUGCUAUCAGGGCCUCUUGGCACAACGAAGAUUGGGUGGUUUUGAGUUUUGCGAGCGGAAUCGAACCCUCUGGUCUGGGGGGGAAAGAGAAGAAGGAGUCACACCACUACCUUUCAUUAAUGGAUCUGACCCUGCAAGUAAUGAUGAUGGCGGUGGUGGUGGUGGUGCGGAAAGAGGAUGUUGUUCUUCUGGUAAGAGCCUUUAUGUAUAA